AUGAAAGCGAUCACUGCUCCUCUUUCACGCUACUUUUCCACUGCAAAACAACUAAAAAUCUUUGGUUCAUCUAUCCAACAGCAUGAAUUUGUCCCUCAAAUUGCAGCUUUCACUGAAGACUUGUGUGCUAGCAUUUUGGAUCAAUACCCUGAUAUCAAGACGCUCAAAAGACUUCACUGCAAGGUUUUAACUGAUGAUUAUCUUCGCUGGAACUCGUCCCUUGGCAUCAAGUUGAUGAGAGCUUAUGCUGCUUGCGGUGAACCCGGGAUAACACGCCACAUAUUUGAUGAAAUUACUGACAAGAACGUCGUUUUCUUUAAUGUCAUGAUUAGAAGCUAUGUUAACAACAAUUUAUACCGUGAUGCUUUCUUCGUUUAUAAAACCAUGUCUAGCCAAGGAUUUGAUCCCGAUAUGUACACUUUCGUUUGCAUCUUAAAGGCAUCUUCAGGGUCUGAUAAUUUGUGGGCCGGUUUGCAAAUUCAUGGUGCUAUAUUGAAAUUCGGGAUGGACUCGAAUCUAUUUGUUGGGAAUGGACUAGUUGCCAUGUAUGGGAAGUGUAAGUGUUUGAAGGAGGCUCGACAAAUGUUUGAUGAGAUGCCUUGUAGAGAUGUGGUUUCUUGGAAUUCAAUGGUUGCUGGGUAUGCACAGAAUGAACGGUUCAAUGAAGCAUUGGAGCUUUGUAGGGAAAUGGAGGGGUCAAAGUUAAAACCUAAUGCCUGCACAAUGGCUAGCCUCUUGCCAGCUGCAGGAAACACAUCCUCUGAUAAUGUUUUGUAUGUGAAAGAAAUGUUUUUGAAGCUGGCAAAGACGAGUGUAAUUUCAUGGAAUGUGAUGAUUGCUGUUUAUGUGAACAAUACAAUGCCUAAAGAAGCAGUGGACCUAUAUUUGCAGAUGGAAGCAAAUGGCAUUGAAUCUGAUGUAGUCUCUAUUGUCAGUGUUCUCCCUGCUUGUGGAGAUCUUUCAGCUGUGACACAAGGAAGGCGAAUUCAUGAAUAUGCUAAGAGGAAGAGGCUCCUUCCAAAUUUACUUUUGGAGAAUGCACUGAUUGAUAUGUAUGCAAAAUGUGGAUGUUUGAAGGACGCAAGGGCAGUGUUUGAUCAAAUGCAGUUUCGAGACAUUGUGUCAUGGACUUCUAUGAUAUCUGCUUACGGGAUGUGCGGCCAGGGUCGUGAUGCUGUGGCAGUAUUUUCAAAAAUGCAGGAGUCAGGUUUGAGACCAGAUUCUAUUGCUUUUGUUUCUGUUUUAGCAGCCUGCAGUCAUGCAGGAUUAUUAGAUAAGGGGCGAUACAUCUUUAAUCUGAUGUCUGAAUAUGGGAUAAUUCCAAGGCUAGAACACUUUGCUUGCAUGGUAGAUCUACUAGGACGUGCUGGAAAUAUAGAUGAAGCCUAUGAUAUUAUCAGAGAGAUGCCUCUGGAACCUAAUGAAAGAGUUUGGGGGGCUUUGUUGAGUGCUUGUCGGAUUUAUUCCAACAUGGAUAUUGGGCUUCUGGCUGCUGAUCAACUUUUCCAAUUAGUUCCUGAGCAGUCAGGUUAUUAUGUGUUGUUGUCCAACAUUUAUGCAAAGGCUGGAAGAUGGCAAGAUGUUGCAGCCAUCAGAUCAAUCCUGCAGAAAAAAGGACUGAGGAAAAUACCUGGUAUUAGCAAUGUCGAGCUGAAUGAUCAAGUUCACACCUUUCUUGCUGGUGACCAGUUCCAUCCACUGUCAAAGGAGAUCUACGAGGAGCUGGAUGUAUUAGUGGGGAAAAUGAAAGAGUUUGGUUAUAUGCCUGAGAGUGGCUCUGCCCUUCAUGAUGUAGAAGAGGAGGAUAAGGAAUGCCAUUUAGCAGUUCAUAGUGAGAAGUUAGCUAUUGCCUUUGCUAUUAUAAACACCAAACCUGGCACUCCAAUUAGAGUUACCAAGAAUCUUCGUGUUUGUGGAGACUGCCAUGUUGCAGCCAAGCUUAUAUCCAAGAUUACUAAACGUGAAAUUGUCAUCCGCGAUACUCAUCGUUUUCACCAUUUUCAUGAUGGAGCUUGCUCUUGUGGUGACUAUUGGUGAUUGAUUUAAGCACUUGCAAAAUUUGAUAUGCCGCUAUAACUACUGUGUCAAUCAAGAGAUGCAUGAAGCUUAGGAAUAUCCAAGAUUGUUUUUGCUCAUCACCGCUUCCUCAUGUUUAACAGAAGCCCAAUGGGACAGAGGUAGAAGCAAAAAGGAAGAGGAAAGAAAAGAAGAUGAUGGACUCUGUUUAUUUGGUCAUGCAUCUUGUCCACUUUGCCCAAGUAUAGCAAGUCUGAUAAAAGUCUGGGACCAAAUCAAAUCCAUUUGGUUCAAAUGCUAGUACUCGCCAAUCCAUUCACCUGUCGCAACAAGAGCCUUGUAAGUUCGAUUCUAAUUUCUCUGUGAAGUCUGAUUUCAAUUCUAAAUCAGCUCUUUGUUGAGUCAUACGUCAAUUUGAGGCUUGGGUCAACGCUCGCUUCCCGGCCCAUGAAGCAAGGCGCAGUGGUGGGACUCCAUGUGCACCCAAAUGGUUGACUUCAAUGGAUUAUAGAAAUUAAAUAAGAUUAUAUAGAUAAUAAUGGAUUAGCAUUGAAAAUUUGUCAUGUUCUUUUGCUUAAGACGUGCUUGAGCAAAUAAUAUUAAUACUGUAGUGCAUUAUUUAAGCCGUAAAAUCAAAGUCUUCUAUCA